AGCCUCCAAAUUAAUAACACCUUCCAAAACAAUAUCUUCACAAACAGCUGCAGCAGAAACCCUAGAAACAGUUUUCACCUUUUCGCAAUCAAAUCGACUACACAGAUCAACACGUAACAAUCUGCUGAUCGAACUCCUGAAUCGUUGUGCGCGUGUGUGUGUGGUGCGAUGGGGAAGAAGAAGAAGAGAGUAUCGUCAGAUGUAUGGUGUUAUUAUUGCGACAGAGAGUUUGAUGAUGAGAAGAUCUUGGUUCAGCACCAAAAGGCUAAGCAUUUUAAGUGUCAUGUUUGUCACAAGAAGCUUUCAACCGCUGGUGGUAUGGCUAUUCAUGUAUUACAGGUUCAUAAAGAAACUGUUUCAAAGGUUCCAAAUGCUAAAGAUGGAAGAGAAUCAACAGAUAUUGAAAUUUAUGGCAUGCAGGGGAUCCCACCUGAUGUCUUGGCAGCUCAUUAUGGAGAGGAAGAUGAUAAUCCAUCAAAAGUUGGAAAAUUGGAGGUUCCUUCUUCCCAAGUUGGAAUCAUACCAGGAUAUCCUCCAUCAACAAUGCCAUCUAUCAGAUACAAUCCCGGACUAGCUGUCCCUCGUGCUGGUUGGCCAGCUCCACCUCGCCCGCCGCAACCAUGGUUCCCACAGCAUCCAGUUGGUUCAGUCCCUCCUACCGCGCCUUUAGGAAUGGUCCCGCAGCCCCUAUUCCCGGUUCAAACCAUGCGCCCUCCUACUGCACCACCAGGGCUACCAACGUCAUUUCCUGUUGCUUCUCCUGUAUCUCAACCGUUAUUUCCUGUUGUCUCUACUAACGGCAUGCCUUCUCAAACUUCACCGUAUUCUGCUCCUACAAGCAUUCCAUUACCCUCCCCUUCAGAUUUGAUCACAACGGACCCGCAUAAUAUCAACAUGCCCAGGGCCUACCUCACCCCAGGCUUCCAAGGUGGAGUAACAGCUUCACAUUCCUACGCUUCUGGCCCCAAUACUGGCGGCCCUUCAAUCGGACCACCGCCUGUAAUCGCAAAUAAAGCUCCUGCUAUUCAGCCAGCAACAAAUGAGGUUUACCUAGUGUGGGACGAUGAGGCGAUGUCCAUGGAGGAAAGAAGAAUGUCUUUACCAAAGUAUCAGGUGCAUGAUGAAACAAGCCAGAUGAGCUCGAUUGAUGCAGCCAUCGAUAGGAGGAUUUCAGAAGGAAGGCUUGCUGGUCGAAUGGCGUUUUAGAGUGGGAUUGAAUCAGAAUAUUUUGGUCUAUGAAGCUGACUGAAGGAGCACGGGAGGUGUUAUUUGAAUGAAUCGUUCCAGGUAGAAGCAGCUCGUGGAAUUUGUUUGUGUUCUUUUUUUAUAAUGUUUUUAAAAGAUGAAUAAUGUUUCUUACUUGUCUUGAGGUGAUGUUUGUAUUAGUCGAUGAUAACGAACUAGGGUACAUGCUGUUUAAAUUUUUAGUUCAUAGUUAAUGUUAGCGGGUUGAUAGCAGACUUGUUAUCUUUCAAUAUUAUGUUUUCCUAGGUGUUUCAAAUUGAAA